AUGGACGCAAAAAAGAGAGUCGCCAUCAUUGGGGCAGGCAUAUCCGGUUUGGCGGCCAUCAAGUCGUGUUUAGAAGAAGGGUUGGAGCCUGUGUGUUUCGAACAAUAUGACAACAUUGGAGGUGUUUGGUUCUACACUGAGGAAUACAGAGAAGGUCAGGGCGCAAGAGCCUUUGACAAUCUGACAACAAAUAUCAGCAGGGAGAUGUUCAGCUUCAGUGACUUCCCCUUCCCUUCCCACCUUCCGCCAUUUCUGACGUGCAGUAUGGUCCACGACUACCUCCAGAGCUACUGUGAGAAUUUUGGACUCGGCAAACACAUCCACCUCAACACCAAAGUCAUCAACAUCAGGAAGUCACCUGACUACAAGGUUUCCGGAAGAUGGGAGGUAGAAACGGAGGAUCCCCAGAAGACUCAAAGGGAUAUCUUUGAUUUUGUCAUGAUCUGCUCAGGUUUCUACAAGAAGCCUCGAUUCCCUGACGUUGAAGGAAUGGAUACUUUCAGAGGAAGCUUUGAGCACUCCAUGAAGUUCAAAGAUGCUGCGAGAUACAAGGGCAUGAACGUACUUGUUGUUGGAAACUCAAAUUCCUCUGGAGAUUUGGCUGCCGAGUCUGCCCGCUACGCACAUCAGGUGUACUACAGUGUAGGAGAAGCUGAAUUUGACGAUGGCACUAUCCUCAAGAACCUGGAUGCCAUUUUAUUUGCAACCGGAUAUCACCUCGCCAUAGACUUCCUUCAGGAAUCGUAUAAAGAGGAUGAUGGCAAGCUGAAUCUGUACAAGAUGACGUUCCCUUUAUGGCAACAUCCCACAUUGUCACUGGUGGGCUGUGUUGACAUUAGUGAAUCCUUUCCGCCAAUAACUGAGCUGCAAUGUCGUCUGGUCGCCAGGGUAUUUGCUGGAUCCCACAAACUGCCUUCCAUGGAAGUCAUGGCAAAUGAUGUCAAAAAGAAAAAUUCAUUUUUUCUAAAGAAAUUUGGACGAUACAAAUAUCUGAUGCCAACUAUUAUCUAUAGGGAUGAACUGGCAGCGGAACUGGGUGUGGCCCCGUCCUGGUGGGACCUGAUCAAGGCCGGACCCCGACUCGCCUACCAGUACUACUAUGGGCCUGCCUUCCCCUAUUACCACCGUCUGUGGGGGCCUCAUGCGUGGCGUGGUGCUAAGGAUGCCAUCAACCAUGCACUAGAACAUGGUCACUAUGCCAAGCAAGUGAGGCAUGUCCAAGGACCGGACGUUGAGGGUUCCAGCUUCAUGCUAAGAUUCAUUAUUGUGUCUGUCCUCGCUGUCUUACUGACUAUGAUGUACAAUGGUUGAACUUAUUCCUUUUAAUCGUCACUGUCAGAUGCUAAACAUCAUGACAAAGGACACCAAGUAUUUAAAACAUUUUUUAUUCCAGAUAAAACUGAAUAUCUGGGCUCCAUUUGGUGAUCCAUCACCUGACAAGAGUGGGCUAACGGACAAAACGGCGACCCUUUGUUGAGCUACCAAGAUAAAUAUUAACUCACGUUCCGUAUAUCAGGUAACAAUUCGAUAAGUAUAGAAAGUUUUACAAAGACCGAUUACCUGCUUUUUACAGAAUGAGGUAAAGCUGUCUGCUUCAGAAUGGAGGCCAUUUUGUAAGGAUACUGUGUCCUGUAUCGUGUGAUUAGCAACUUUCGAUCGUGUGUGUGUGAGUGAGUUGGGUUUAACGCCGCUUUUAACAGUAUUCCAGUUGUAUCGCGGCGUGUCAGCUUAAUGUGGGAGGUCUAAGAAGUGAUGCAGGUCUCAGACGUUUGCCACUUCGGUGAAACCCACGAGCACGGGUAUGGUGCUGACACCAUGUUGUGAAUGAAAGACGGGGAUCAGACGCAGGUGUUGAGGAUAUCACUUCAAAUUGAAAUCAAUCUUGGGUGGUUGAUUAAAAAAUAUGUUAUUUGAGUAGCUUGGCAUAUGUAGUUGCUUUGACAGCGAGACCUCC